AACUCUGACGCUCAACGGGAUGGGACCGACCUAUUCCCGUUAUAUAAAUUCGCCAGCCGGAGUCCUCCGGUUUUCCGGGUGGACAGAACCAAGGUAGUGCGAGAAAGGAACGGAAGACUUCAAUCAAAAAAAGAAAAAAGAACAAGGAGCGGAAGUCCUUCGCCUCUCUGAUCUCUUUCCCGAGCUUUCCCUUGCGAGAAGAAUCCAAACCCUAGAGGGAGAAGGGUUUAGUGAGAUAUUCGAGUAUAGACGAGGAGAGGGGAAGAGAGCCAUGUCUUUGGGGUAUGCGGAGAAGCUGUCGUACAGAGAAGAUGUGGGCACGGUGGGGAUGUCGGAGAUCUUCGACCCACCGGAUGUUCUGCAGCAAAAGAUUGAAGAGCUUGCCAUCUUGAUACAAAAGAGUAAACAUCUGGUAGCAUUUACAGGGGCAGGAAUAUCAACUUCUUGUGGCAUACCUGAUUUUCGAGGACCUAAGGGGGUUUGGACUCUUCAGCGUGCUGGCAAGGGUGUGCCUGAAGCAUCUCUACCAUUCCAUCGUGCAAUGCCAAGCUUGACUCAUAUGGCAUUAGUUGAACUGGAAAGAGCUGGUAUCUUAAAGUUUGUUAUCAGCCAGAAUGUAGACAGCCUUCAUCUUCGAUCUGGUAUACCAAGGGAAAAACUUGCUGAAUUGCAUGGAAAUUCCUUCAGAGAACUUUGCCCUUCAUGUGGUACCGAGUACCUUAGAGAUUUUGAGGUUGAGACUAUUGGAAUGAAAGAGACAUCAAGACGUUGUGCUGACACAAAGUGUGGAGCCAAACUUAAGGACACAGUUCUUGAUUGGGAGGAUGCUUUGCCGCCUAAGGAGAUGAAUCUUGCAGAGAAGCAUUGUAGAACAGCUGACAUUGUGUUAUGUCUGGGGACUAGUUUGCAGAUCACUCCUGCUUGCAACUUGCCUCUAAAAACUAUCCGCAGUGGGGGAGAAAUUGUGAUAGUAAAUCUUCAGCCAACUCCAAAGGACAAAAAGGCUAGUUUGGUGAUCCAUGGACUAGUAGAUAAGGUAAUUGCAGGUGCCAUGCACCUCCUUAAUCUACGGAUUCCGCCUUACAUCCGCAUUGACUUCGUCCAGCUCAGUCUCUCUCAUUCCCCAAAAAGUAAGAAAACUUAUGUUAAAUGGAACCUCAGAAUUGCAAGCGUACAUGGACAGAGAGCCCCAUUACCAUUUCUGAAAUCAGUUGAGGUUUCCUUCCCCGAGAGACCAGACUUGAAGACUGCUUUCCUACAAAAGCAGCCUUUUUAUUUGAAAAGAGAGACAUUAAGGAAAAGACCAUUCAAAAUGCUGUUGACAUUCAACUUUAGUGAUGGUUGUGGCUGUCCAUGUACUACAAUUGAGUGGCCCAUCAAUUUUCAGGUUACAAAGGACAAUUUAGUUCGUGAUAAAAAUGAAGUCCUUCCAGAGCUCGGGGAUGCGGCAAACAUGGAAUCUCAUUCUGGCCAGCAUGCUGUUUUGGAGAGAAAGGUCAAUCCCAGGUCCGAAGUCACCGUAUAUGCUAUUGUGACAAACAUUCGUAGGUAUAAUGGUCCGGAAGAGGCCAAUGGAGUACUUGAGAUCACCCCUAAUGGCAAUAGUAAUUUGAUUAAGAGGUACGGUGAAGGUGUGAAUGGCGGCCAAACGUCUCAGAAAAGACCCAAGUGGACAUGAGCACCUGCCUUUUGGCUGUUUGGUCUUGUAUAUAAGAUGAUGUAGUACUAGCAUUAGGAAAACUCCAGUAGACUGAUUAUUAGGUACUGAUAGAAUGGAAUUUUGGUGCAUAUACUUGGAUAGGUUGGGUGAAGUUGGCAUACCACCUCCUAAUCUGCAAUUGUUAAAAGGGAAAAAGGUAUCUUGAAAUAUACUGUCCUGUAAAGUUUCUUAUUUCUUAGAAGCUAAAAUAUAUUUAAUUUAAGGAUUUUCUUUCACUUU